AUGGAAGGAUGUCCUGAAAAAGACAAGGAGCAGGAUGAACCAAUAAUUCUCACCAGUGAGAAGUCUGUCAAGGACCAAUUAAAAUUUAUAGUUUGUGAAGAGGCUAUUGCAACAACUUUUAGUGUGUGCCUUAAAUGUGGAAGCCGCUGCUCUGUUUUGGUCACAAGUAUAAUUGGAAGCUACUGCAAGAUCUUAAUCUCAUGUUUAUCUUCAGCACAGCAUAAUAUAUCCUGGUCAACAGGACCCCUUAUGAAUAGAUUACCUGCUUUUAACCUACUUAUGGCAGCUAGUAUCCUAAGCACUAGUAUGGAAUCUAACAAAACAAUGCGAUUUAUGGAAUCAUUAAACAUUUUGUGCUUCAAGAGGCGAGAGUUGUCAAACAUCAAAAGUGCAUAUGUUAUCCCAGCUGUAAUAAGUGUUUGGGAAAUGGAACAGCAUAAAUUAUUGGAUGAUUUAAAGGGAAAAGCAAUUGAGAUAGCAUCAGAUAUGCGAGUGGAUAGCCCAGGACAUUGUGGACUACUUGGUGCUGGAAGUUAA